AUGUUCAACCACGUGGUCGGAACGCCAAACACGUACGACCACUACCAAUCCACUCUUCAACGUGAUUUUUACGUCAAUGGCCCGUGCGACGACGCAGUGGACACACUUGCGUCUCACGGAGGCUACAAGAUCUCACGUAUUCCUAACUCUGCAUUCAUUGAAUUCGAUAUGUGCUUAAGCAGCAUCCUUAACAAGCUGAACCUUAGAAAGACAUUUGGGCGUCACCAAGGUGCCCAUGUGAGUGACGAUGUCACCGUAGACGGUAAGACCCAACUGGCUCGAUGCCCUAACAUCCCAGCCAUUGAGAAGACCGUACAACACGGCACCAGCAUAGAAGUCACCGGCACUAGUGGUGUCAAUGGCAUCAACAGCUUCAGUUGGCACAUAGUAGUGCAUUCCCUUGUAGAAAAUAACAGCACCCUUGCUGCCCAUCAUAAGGAUCACAGCUCUGUUCUGGGGGAAGAUACCGGCGGUCCUCUGGGUCAUCAUCCUGAAAAGCUCCUUGCGAUCGGGCACCUCGUACAACUCGGAAAGCUCCUCGAUGCUACCAGCAAGGAAGUCAGACUUGUCAGCAAUGGGCUUCAAGAGCUCACCGUACUUCUUAACACAUUCGGUGCUCGCCAAAACAGUGAUCAAACCCUUGUUGCGGCUAAGAGCGGCGUCAACCAUCUUGUUAGUAAGCGCAAUCUGCUCCUCGUCAGCAAACAUGAAACCGUUCACGGCGUAGUAGUCAAAGUCCUCGAUAAUGGAUUCAUUAAGAUCAUCCGCCUUCAAAGUGUGCGAGGCUUCGAAGCGAGCGUAGCUCUUGCUCUCAGCAUCAGGUGUCACCAGCGAGAACAUCUGGGUAGUCGACAGACCAGGGACACGGACGGUAAGGUCAUCAACACCGUAAUCAAGGAGGAUGUCGCUGAUGUGACGAGCCAAAUCAUCAUCACCACAGAUACCAAAGUAAGAAGCCUGGCCACCAAGGAAAGCGUAGCACCUGGCGAUGUUGGCAGACGAAUCACCCGGGUUGUUAGCUUCCACAUCCACCGUCUCACGUAUAGCACGGAAAUCCUCAGCCGAAAUACCAUCGGUUUCGCUGCUUGCAAUGUUGAGGUUCUCAAUCACGGAUGA